AGGAGUUUGUGGCGCCAGCGAAAAGUAUAGUGCUGCGACCGCAACCAGGUUCUGAGGCGUCAGGCGAACCCAGUGGACCGGAGCCUUCUGGACUUCUUUCCUGAGGGAAUCGAGACCAAGAUGUGGAAUAGUGGAUUUGAGAGCUAUGGCGGCUCGACCUUUGGGGGAGCCGGUGGCUACACCCAGUCCCCUGGGGGCUUUGGAUCGCCGACACCUUCUCAGGCUGAGAGGAAAUCGAGAGCCCGAGCCCAGCAUAUUGUACCCUGUACCAUAUCUCAGCUGCUUUCUGCCACUCUGGUUGAUGAAGUAUUCAGAAUUGGAAGUGUUGAGAUAUCACAGGUCACUAUUGUGGGGAUAAUCAGACAUGCAGAGAAGGCUCCAACCAACAUUGUUUACAAAAUAGAUGACAUGACAGCUGCACCCAUGGAUGUUCGCCAGUGGGUUGACACAGAUGAUGCCAGUGGUGAAAACACUGUGGUUCCUCCAGAAACGUAUGUGAAAGUGGCUGGCCAUCUGAGAUCUUUUCAGAACAAAAAAAGCCUGGUGGCUUUUAAGAUCAUGCCUCUGGAGGAUAUGAAUGAGUUCACCGCACAUAUUCUGGAAGUAGUGAAUGCACACAUGAUGCUGACCAAAGCUAACAGCCAGCCACCAGCAGGGAGAGCACCUAUCAGCAAUCCAGGAAUGGGUGAAGCAGGGAGCUUUGGUGGGAAUAGCCUCGGACCGACAAAUGGCCUCACUGUGGCCCAAAACCAGGUGCUGAAUUUGAUUAAGGCUUGCCCAAGACCUGAAGGAUUGAACUUUCACGAUCUCAAGAACCAGCUUCAACACAUGCCUAUAGCCUCAAUCAAGCAAGCUGUGGAUUUUCUAAGCAACGAGGGACACAUCUAUUCCACUGUGGAUGAUGAUCAUUUUAAAUCCACAGAUGCAGAAUAAUUGGACCUAAUUGGUAUGCAACGUAUUUUCCAGCUGGACCUAUUUUCUCAGUCUAUUGUGUCCAGCUGUGCAAAUGUUUUUGAACAGUUGACUUCUAGAAAGUAGGUUUCAUCCAUAAAAUGUCUCAAUUGACAUCAUUUUGAAACUUACUGCUCUUCCGUUAUUUUGAAAUUCAAAGUGAGAUGGGCAACUCCUAAGGGUGUGAGCCAAAGUGGAAUUUCUUAAAAGAAGUUACAAAUUAGGUAGUUAUAAUACCAUCUGGAUAGAUGGAAGUGGAAGAGGGAUGCUGCCAAUAGAGUUGGGCAGUAUUACUUAAUACUCAGGAGUCUCUAUUCCUAAAAUAUUGCCUGUUGAGUACGAUUAGGGUCUGUCAGCAGAGAGCUAGCCAAGAAACCUGCUAACUUCUGCCUGGUUUUGUUCCCCGUUUUGGUUGUGGUGUUACUUUCAGAAUUGCACUUUUCUUCAACUUGUCAUGGCUGCUGCCAAGUGUUUUGAUAAAUACGAAGUUCUAGAGUCGUGGCCUCGUGUGGCAGAGGAGAGAAAGAAAUGUCACCGUGUUUUGUACAAAAUAAGUACAUCCAUAUGUUUAAUAAAAUAGUUAUAUUAUUGUAGUAACUUGUGAAGACAUUCUUAUUUUUCUUUUUAAGUUAGUAUAAUUACUACCUUAUCUGAGACAGUAUAGCAUACUCAACUUGGAUUUGACAUCGUGGCUCUCCUGCUUUUUAGUUAAGAUCUUGAGCAGGGUACAUCAGCCUCCAUUUAUGAAAAGACAAGAAUGUUAUUUCCUUAUAGGUUUGUGAAGAAGAUUGAAUGAAAUAAAGUUUGUAAAACAUCUAGCAUUGCCAUUAAUGAGGGUUCUAAAGCAGACCUUAAUCUUGACUCUAGCAGUAUAUGAUCAUGUGACUGAUAAAAUACCUACCAUGUCACCUCAAGAUGAAAUUCUAAGAGGCCUUGGCUAUUUUUGGCCAACUUAAUUAGCUCCUUUUCCUGUGGGAGAAGAAACUAGUUCCAAGAUGUUUUUGACAAUUCCAGACCAUAAGCUACUUCUUGAAUGAAAGAGCUAAUUCUGAGUAAGUUAAUGCGGUGUAAUUUGCAAAUAAAAGUUCUAUAAUUGCUUUAA